AUGAUGAACUUUACCACCAAUGAGUUCGAGGCCAUUUGGGCCAUCGUUGAGUCCACGCUUGUGCCAAUGUGGACCCUGGGCCGUGGACGCAAGAGUCUUGUUUCCCCAAAGGAUGCGUUCUUCAUGGCGCUUGUAGUCUUGAAGUACUGCGAGCCUUGGGACAAACACGCUACGGAUUUUGGUAUGAAGGCUCCGACCUUCGAGAAAAUGGUACACCGAGUGUUUGCAGCAGUGGAGCCUGUCCUGACGGGGCACUACAUCAAGCAUGUCAGCAUGGGCUCUCAAGCGGAGAAAGGGCGUAUGUUUCGCAACUACCCUUAUGCCUUGUACUGCACGGACGUCAAGUUCCAGCCAUCUUUCCGACCCACAGGACGGUUUGACGAGGCUAAGCAUAACUACUCUGGUAAGCACAAGCUCUAUGGUCUAAAGAUUGAAGUGUCCGUUGCAUACCCGGGGCUUGCUGUUGACCUGUCGAACCACGAGUCUGGCUCUGUGUCGGAUUGGGCGUCACUUGGCUCCAGGCCGCUGGCACGAAGUGAUGCAGCAUGCCCUGGUUUCGACGGCGUUAGUUGCCCCGGGACACGCAAGGUCGACAAGUUGUAA